AUGCACAUCACUCAGCUGUUUGUGGUAAUCCUGCUCAUAGGAUUGAAACUCUCUGAGGUAGUAGGUGACUGCUCCUUCAAUAAGUCCCAAAGUCACUGCACCUGCUCUCUUUUGGAUCUGGAAAAUGGGGGAAACCUCUUUCAGUGCUUACCUGCCUUUGUCUUUGAGCUUCGAGGAGGAAACUUGGAGAAAUAUGUAGGUUUUGCAUCAAGAACAGUAAAUCAACAGGUGCUCGACAUUCUGCAGACGCUGCAGGUGACCAAGAUUGUCUUUGGAGAUCUCCUAGUGCCGGAAGUUCUCUUGGCAGCCGUCAUGAAGUUCACUUACAACAUGCAUAUUACAGAUAUCGAGUUUGAAAGCUGCACUUUCCUUGGAAAUGCCAGCUGGUUCCAGAUGGACAGGUUGAAUCUACCUGUCUCCUCAUUACGCUUUCAUAAUGUGACCUCUGCCUCCCUGGCUGAGAGAGACAAAGACUUUGCCCACCUGAGUAGGUGGCUGGAGACCUUGCAGAAUCUGACUGUGACACAGUCUCAGGUCACCUACAUUCCAUGCAGCAUUGGCAAGGUUUUCAGAACCUUACGCUAUCUGGAUGUGUCGGAAAACUACCUCCAGGACCAGAGCAUGAGGCCUUCGUUUUGCCAGGGGGCUUUCCCACAACUCCAAGUAUUAAAACUCCAUCGCAACAAUCUGAGCUCCUUCUACACCAUGUGUGAAAUGCUGCACCAGCUGGAGAAGCUCGUCCACUUAGACCUGAGUCAGAAUGACCUCCUGGCUAUCCCCUCCUCCUCAUGUCAGUGGCAGCCAUCCCUCCGCAUCCUCAACUUGUCCACCACAGGCUUAGAUCACAUCGCCCUGCCUCUGCCCCCCAAUGUUGAAGUAUUAGAUAAACUCCACCUGUCCAAUAACAGGCUGCAUGCUGUCCCCUCAGCCAAAAACUAUCCUGCUUUAGAAGUCCUCAGUCUAGAUGGAAACCUGAUCUCAUACCUCCCAAGGGAUGAGCUGCAGUCUCUGAGACACCUGCAGAGCCUAAGGGCAGGUCGGAAUCUCUACAACUGUUCAUGUGCGGGUGCCAGUGAGAUCCAGGCCUUGGCGAGCAUGGAGUCUUUGAUGCCCGACUGGCCUCAGGACUACACAUGUGAAUCCCCAUCUCAUUACCAGGGCACCCUGGUGAAGAAUGUGCCUGCUUCAGUGCUGCAGUGCAACAAGGCCAUUGUGAUAAUUCCUGUCACUGUACUUCUUGUACUGAGCUGUUUGGCUGGGAUCAUUUGCUUUGCCAGACGUAAAACACGGUCUGGCUAAGCCAGCAGCUAGGCUUUGACCACAAAGGCUCUGUCCUUCACAAGGCAGGACAGGGGCUGUAGAACAUCACUGCCUGCAAAUGCAUAUGAUCUUGAUGACCAAGUUGCACUAAAGCACCGCUGCCUGAGGGGGCAGCCUAUCCUGGGGCUGCCACCCAGCCUAAUGGGCUAGGAAGAGCAGACAUCUAGCCAGCUCCCCAGGACUAAAUUGACAGAGACAUCAAGUGCAGGCCGUUCCUUCAGGAGGGAACCCCUGAGCACUGCCCCUGCCCCUGCCCUCCCCCUGC